AUGUUCGCGAGCGCACGCGCGCGCGCAUCGCCCGAGACGCCCGGGACGUCAUCGUCGAGGCGCGGAUGCGGAUGCGCUCGCGCGCGGACGAGACGACGCGGUGCGACGCGCGCGUCUCGCGCGGACGCGGACGAAGGGAACGAUGUAUUUCGCGCGAUCGCGAUCGAGCGCGCGGUGGAGCCGUUGGUGACGCGAACGUCCACCCUAAACGAGGGCAUCGCCAAGUUUUACGACGAAUCGAGCGAGCUGUGGGAACGCGUGUGGGGAAGCGACGGGGGCGACGGGACGCACAUGCAUCACGGAUACUACCGCGCGGGCGAACCGAUCGAUCACGCCAAGGCGCAGGUGGACAUGAUCGAGGAGAGCUUGAAAUUCGCGGGCGUCGAGGGGGCGAGGCGGGUGUUGGACGUCGGGUGCGGCAUCGGCGGGAGCUCGAGACACAUGGUGCGAAAGUGGGACGGGUGCGCGGCGGAGGGCGUGACGCUGUCGCCGGUGCAGGCGGCGCGGGCGAACGCGCUGGCGAUAGAGCAAGGCGUGGAGGAUCGAGCGAAUUAUCGCGUCGCGGACGCGCUGAAUACGCCGUUCGAGGACGCGUCGUUCGAUUUCGUGUGGUCCAUGGAAUCGGGCGAGCACAUGCCGGACAAGAAGAAAUUCGUCGACGAACUCGCGCGGGUGUGCGAACCCGGGGGGACGAUUUUGAUCGUUACCUGGUGUCAUCGCGUGUUGAAAGACGGCGAGACCGAGCUCGAGGCUGGGGAGAAGAUCUUGCUCGAUCGCAUCUGCGACGCGUACUACCUCCCGGCGUGGUGCUCCGUCGCGGAUUACGAGUCGCUCGCGAAAGACGCUGGUCUGGUGGACAUACGCACGGCUGAUUGGAGUGAGGAGGUGAAGCCGUUCUGGAAAGGGGUCAUCAAGACCGCGCUGACGCCGAGAGGGAUAAUCGGUCUCAUCAAAUCUGGCGCCGCCACCUUGCGCGGAGCGCUCGUGAUGCCGCUCAUGCAAACCGGCUUGGCGACGGGAACCAUUAAAUUUAACGUCAUCGUCGCUCGAAAACCCAUCUGA